CUGAAAAGAUGCUGCCACCUGAAUGGAUGCGUAUCUUUCGUAUUAAAGCACAGAGUCUUAAACGAGGAGACUCUUGGUAUUUAGAGUAUGAUGAAAAUAUUGAGCCUGACAAUCUACACAUGGGCUGGAAGCAGUACAUCAGGAACACAGGUGCAAGGUUUAAAUGUUCCAUGUGCAGAAGAGAAUGGCCUUCCAACAAGGUAAAGGUGCUCUUCCACAUGUGCCUGAAAAACGGGCAGGGCACUGUCAAGGUGAGGCCCUUACGCCAGAACUGCAAGAUGUGCUCCGAAGCUCCAAUGGAGAAUCCCAGCGUGGAAUCUGACAAUGUACACAUCCUCAUGGAGAAUCUGGUGGAGAAAAUAAAACAAAAGUGCUACCAUAAAAACCCUGGUGGACGGAAGCGGUAUUUCAGAAGCUUUGACGUCGAUAGCCCCCAUGAGCCCACACAUUGUGAGGGGUGCAUCAAAGGCGUGUGUACAAAAUGA